AUGCCGAGUCUAUUCGACAAUACCAAAUUAAAUUUCUUCAUUGUUACCAAAGGAACUCGGGCAGAUUCUCCUAUCAAUAUGAUAGAUAUGUGUGAAGAAUUCAAUGAGAAAAGUACAUCGCUUCUUUCCGUUGCUGUUUUACAAAAUGCAGUUGACUUGGUUUGCAAGAAAAUUCAACAAGAUAUCGAAUACGACAUUCAUACGAAAAUCAAAGUUCUGUUUGCAUUCAAAGCACCAGUCGAAGCUCCAUUCCUUGAUGAACUGAAGCAGUACUUUGAUGUUAACUUAGACCGUAGCAAUCGAAUCGUUGAAUACAAAGAAAAAGAAGAAGUUAUAGUGAACAGAUCUCAUGAUAGAAACUCUACGAAUGUCCAACCCCAAGAGAUCUACGAAAAGAUGAUGACGUUUUUGGCUGAGUUGACGAAGACUGUUGACUCUCCGAUUACUGUUCUGAACUUCGUUACAAAGUUCAAAGAGUUCAUAGGAGGAGACUGCGCGACCACAAAAAUUUUGAAUGAAAGAUACAAAUUGGUCAAGCAGGGAAUCUGGUCUUCUGCAUUCGAAAUUCCCAUUAAAGUCAAGAUGUUAUUCAUUUCGAAAGGACAAAUUCGUUUACGCGAUCUCAAAGAAAUUCGAAAAAAUGCUGAUGUUUAUGUUGACAAAUUCAAAAGAUUGACCAGUUAUAAGAUACAUGGUGAAAGUUUGGUACAAGGAAACAAAGAAGUCUGUGAUUUCUUCAAAUUCGUCGCUGAUAAAACUCAAACUGAAGUGAUAACUGAGUGGAGCAUCAGAGAUUACUGUAAAGAGUUCUUGGGCAGAAAUUGCACUGAGAAAUAUAUCAAUUAUCUGGUGGGACAAAACAAUAAGCAUCGUCAGGAGAUUCCGGCAAUGUCUGACUUGGAUAUGAUCACAAAAAUCAAAAUGGUAUUUGCGUUACGAGUUAAGGUUAAUGUUAGUUUUGUAAAGAAGCUUCGAAAAGAUGCUGACGUGGUAUUGGAUAAGAAGAAAGCGAUUUUUUCGUACAGUGCACAUGAUGGAAGCUUGAUUCUCAAAUACCAGAAUUUGAAAAGAAGCGUAGCUUUCAGAAAUGCCGUUGGAAAUGCCAUUGAAAGAGUCCAGGAACCGUUUUCAGUAAAUGGAGAGAAUACUGGAAACUCUUCUGAUUUUUCGAAUUGUCGAAAUAUUGAUGGAAUCGGACCAUCGACUAACACCAGAAAAAGAACUCAUCCACUUACUCGUUCUUCAACAGAACAAUCUACAAAUGAACAGAAUUUGGCUCCGAAAGUUUCAAAAGGAGUUAAUAAUUCCUCAAAUCAGUUGACAACUUCUUCACGAGUUCCGGAGACUAUUCAAAAUUCUAAAAGUAUUUCGAUAUCUAUUAAACAAGAAUUUGGAUCAACACAACAUGAAAUUGAAGUUCCUAUCAAUCAGAUAGUGAAUCAACGUCACGUGGUAAUGAAAGAAGAAUUAAUGGAUAGUGAUCCGGAUGUGAUCGUAGUAGGUGCUCCAUCUACAACCGUCGCCGAGUUUAUUACUUUCAUUGGUGCAUUCGUGCAAACAAUGGAAACAGGAGGCUUAUCGAAUAUUCUGUUGAGAAUCAAAAAUAUAAAAGAUUCGGCGGAAAAGAGUUCUAAAACGCUGCCAAUCGAAAGACUGUUAAAUUCCGUCAGAUCAUUUCUAGAAAUUGUGAAAACUAGUGCAGACAUCGAAUCUCCGCCAAAUCAAGAAAUGGUUUCUCUCGGCGGCAUUUGUGAUCUUCUUCGAGGCGCUUUGUGUUGUGCUCAACAGCGAUCGUUGCAAAAGUACCAAGAGGAGCUGCUAACCUAUUGCAAGGAUCACAAUUUGAAGGAUAAGAUGGUUUCAAUCGAAUCCGUUCGCACUGGAUUGAACAUGACUCUCAAUAUUGUAGAUCAAUGA